AUGCCUCCCUGUACUCGUAUUGGCCAUAAGGUGUUCGACGAAAUGCCCAAGAGAGAGGAUAGGACGACGGAUGAGACGAGCUUUAUGUUCUUACGAGAUCUACUUAGAUCCUCCACGAUGAGAACAGGGGCAGAGACUCCAAGGAGUAUCCAUUGUUACGCUCUGAAGAGUGGGUUUCUUCAAGAUUUGCCUGCGUCUUCAAUGCUUCUGACGCUUUACGGUAAAUCCGGGGACUUGGUGUCUUCGUUGAGUCUGUUUGGUGAAAUGAAAUUGAAAGAUGUGAUUUUUUGGAACAGUAUGAUCACUGCUCUGAAUCAAAAUGGUCGUUCCCUGGCUGCUCUUGGAGUUUUCGUUGAGAUGAUUCAGAAUGGAACCGAAUUUGAUUCGACAACACUUUUACUUGCAUUGUCGGCGUCGUCCAGUUUAAACCAUUCGAAGAUGUGUCCACUGGUUCAUUGUUUGGCGAUAAAGGCUGGCUUGGUAUCUGAUUCUAACUUGUGCAAUGCAUUGAUGAAUCUUUAUGCAAAAGGCGAGGAUUUGAGCUCCGCGGAGUGUGUAUUCACACAUAUGGAACACCGAGACAUUGUUUCUUGGAACACAAUCGUGACUAAAUGUCUUGCAAAUGGUCAUCCCAGUAAAUCGCUGAAUUAUUUCAAGUCGAUGAUGACUGGUUCAGGACAAGAAGCUGAUAAUGUGACUUUUUCAUGCGUUAUCUCGGCUUGUGCUUCUCUUGAAGAGAUUCGAUUUGGUGAAUCUCUCCACGGGUUGGUUAUAAAAUCAGGUUAUAUCCCAGAAGCUUAUGUCUCCGUCGCUAAUUCGAUCAUUUCGAUGUACUCGAGAUGCGGGGACACCGAGUCUGCUGAAACUGUGUUUGAAGAGUUAUUAUGCAAGGAUGUGAUUUCUUGGAAUGCAAUUCUUAAAGGGUUUGCUUCAAAUGGGAUGUUUCAAGAAGCGUUUAGUAUUUUGAAGGAAAUGCAAUUGGUUGAUAGGAUUCAGCCUGAUAUCGCCACCGUGGUUACAAUAACUUCCAUGUGCGAUGAUAUAUGUUUGUCACGAGAGGGAAGAGCAGUUCAUGGCUACACGAUUCGCAGGGAGAUGCAAUCCAGAGCAUUAGAGGUAGUAAAUAGCCUUAUUAUUAUGUAUGGUAAGUGUGGGUUAACAAGUCAGGCUGAGUUGUUGUUCAAGAUAACAACUGAUCGAGACUUGGUUACGUGGAACUCGAUGAUAUCUGCUUUCGCACAAAACGGGUUUACACAAGAAGCUAAGAACCUGUUCAAGGAAGUUGUCAGUGAGUAUUCUUGUUCAGAGUUUAGCUUGUCGACUGUGUUGGCAAUUCUUCCGUCUUGUGGUUCCUCUGAUUCUCUCAUCUUUGGCAAGUCAGUCCAUUGUUGGCAGCUAAAGCUAGGAUUUGGGGAUAAUAUCCUUUCGUCUAAUUCAGUUAUAAACAUGUACAUUAGUUGCAGGGAUCUAACUUCAGCAUUCUUGCUGUUAGAGACGAUAUCUGAAACAAGGGAUCUCGCUUCUUGGAACUCUGUUAUCUAUGGCUGUGCAUCGAAUGGUCACCAUUCAGAAUCACUGAGAGCGUUUCAAGCAAUGAGUCGUGAAGGGGUAGUUAGCCAUGACAUGAUCACUCUUCUGGGUACUAUCUCGGCAUGUGGAAACCUCGGACUGGUCUCACAAGGAAGAUGCCUUCAUGGACUAGCUAUUAAGACUUUGAGAGACUCUGACACUCAAUUGCAGAACACGUUGGUCACUAUGUAUGGUAGAUGUAAAGAUUUAGAUGGUGCAGUGAAGGUCUUUGGCUUGAUCUCUGAACCCAACUUAUGUUCCUGGAACUGUGUGAUAUCAACUUUGUCGCAGAACAAAGCUGGACCAGAAGCGAUUCAGCUCUUUAGAAAACUCGAGUUAGAGCCGAACGAGAUCACAUUCGUUGGCAUUCUCUCUGCUUCAACUCAACUCGGGUCUACAGGCUAUGGUAUGCAGGCACACUGUCAUCUCAUCCGCCGUGGAUUUCAGGCUAACCCUUUCAUCAGUGCUGCACUCGUGGACAUGUACAGCAGCUGCGGGAGGCUAGAAACCGGCAUGAAGGUGUUUAGAAACUCAGGAGUGAAAUCAAUUGCUGCUUGGAACUCAAUUAUUUCUGCAUAUGGGUUCCAUGGAAUGGGAGAUAAGGCAAUGGAACUAUUCAAGGAAAUGAGUAGUAGUAACUCAAGGAUGGAACCAAACAAGAGCACUUUCAUAAGCCUAUUGUCAGCUUGCAGCCACUCUGGGUUUAUAGAUGAAGGUCUGAGAUAUUACAACCAAAUGGAGGAUAAAUUCGGGGUGAAACCAGUUACUGAACAUCGGGUUUGCGUUGUUGACAUGCUAGGCCGGGCAGGGAAGAUGAGAGAAGCUUAUGAGUUCAUCAAAGGGAUCGGAGAGCCACAGAAAGCAGGUGUGUGGGGAGCUUUGUUGAGUGCUUGUAACUAUCAUGGAGACACAAAGUUGGGGAAAGAAGUUGCAGAAAUUUUGUUUGAAAUGGAACCAGACAAUGCAUCUUACUAUAUCUCAUUGUCAAAUACAUAUGUUGGAUUGGGAGGUUGGAAAGAAGCUGUACGUCUACGGAAAAUGGUAGAGGAUAAAGCCUUGAAGAAGCUUCCUGGUUACAGUGUUAUUGACGUUGGUGUUAGGUAG